UAUUUCGGAUUUCUACCAUUAGUAAAACACAGAGACAUUUUCAGACCUAUUUAAGUCUUUUAUAUCUACCAGUAAUAAUAAUAUAGGAAAACAUGGCUUUGAGAAUUGUGAAAUCUGGACACCUGAAACGUUUCAGUAAAAGUAUGUUUUCUGGUGGCUGGAAGGAUGUGUGGGUUGUCCUUUAUGACAACAGUGACCUGUGCAUGUACAAUAGACAAGGUGACCUUGAAAUCAAAGCAAAAAUUCACAUGAAGGAUGUAUGUAAAAGAUUUGCCUUUGGAGAACAUACAAGUAGUUUCUCUGAUAGACCUGAUCUUCCAAGAGGAGCAUCUUAUGACCAAGUCUUGGCCAUCCCCCAUAAAAACAACAGUCAGGCUAAAGUGUUCUGGUUUCUAUGUCGGGACAACAAUGAUCUCCAUGAAUGGAUGAAUGCAAUUUGUCAAGUACUCCCACCACCUGGCGGCCAGCAGCAGCCCUCAGGAGGAAUCCCCCCAAGUAGCUCUACAGGAAGUAUGCCACAAAGUUAUAAUUCACCAUCAGCACCACCCCCCUACAGUGCAGCACCACCCAGUGGUUCAGGAGGGCCAGGGCUAGGUUUUGAUGGUUUGGCAGGUGGACCUGCACCCUACCCAACACAACCUAGUGGAUAUCCUCAAGCACCUCCCCCACAGUCUUACACGCCACCCCAAGGAUAUCCUCAACAGCCUGCUGCAUACCCCCAACAGCCAGCAGCAUACCCCCAACAGUCUUAUCAACAAUAUCCACAGCAACCUUAUCAACAAUAUCCACAGCAACCUUAUCAACAAUAUCCACAACAGCCGUAUCAACAGUAUCCUCAACAACAGUACCAGCAACCAUAUGGUUAUGCACCACAAGGAUAUCAGCAGCAAUAUGUUGUUAAACCACAGAAAAGUAAAAGUGGAGGAAUACUUGGUGGUAAUACGGGCAAACUGGCUGCAGGUCUAAUAGGAGGAGCAGCAUUGGGGUACGGAGCCUCCAGAAUGAUGGGGCACGGAUUCGGAGGGCCCUUUGGGUGGGGCUUAGGUCGCCACGGAAGUUGGAGUUCUUUAAGUAGCUUUGGAAGUGUGGGAAGUUUUGGUAGCUUUGAUUAAACUUUAAGGACUUUGUUUUAUCAGAAAAAUUUAACACUAGGAUACUCAUUUUAUUUUAAAAUUGAAAGAAAUUCUUUACCAUUAAUAUCUGAAUUAAAUCUCAUAUUAAAUGCAUCUUCUUCUGUUUGUCUGAACUUAUAAUACAUUUAUGACUUCGUUAAACUUUUUUUUUUUUGAAACUGAAAUAAAGGAAACAGCUAAUCUUAAAGAAAAUAUAAGAAGUGGCCAAUUGAUGCAUAUUUUCAUCAUUUUUAUUCAUAUGAACUCCCAUGAAUAACUAGAGGAGAUACAGUUGCUAGUUCACACACGUUUAAUCUCUCUGAAUUACUUUGCUAAACAGCAAAUUAGCAAUUAGCCUAAUAAUCUUUGUGCAUGCAUGUUUGUAUAAAAGUAACAAGUACGGUAAUUUAAUGUUUAGGAAAAAUACUUGCCAAAGUAUUUUUUUUUUAUAGGACAUGGUUCUAAAAUCCAUCGCAAGUUUGAAUAAAAGUGUAAAAUGUUUCAAAGUGACCUAUUGUGUUUUUCCCAUAUUUUUUCUUAUUUAUUUUAAACACUUCUCUGAAUGUCAUAGUAUGAACAAGUGAUAUCUUGAACACAUUGAUAACAAUUGGUGAAAAAAAGUCACUAUAGUCAGACAAUAUUAUUCUUGGACAAAAUUGAGAGAGUUGUGGUUUUCAUUCAUGACACUUAUCAACUCUUGAUUUUUAUAAUUCUUAGUUUUCAGUGUCUUUGUCUUAUGGAUACUUUAAGGACCCUCUAUACACUAGAGGAAAAUAUUUUUUGGACAUUGAGAAAAUUAUAGUGUGUAAAGGUGUAAGUAUUGAGCUUAUCUAUCACAUUUUCAACAUAGGGUGCCUUGCAUUUACCCCCAGGAAAAAUAUUCACAUGUUGGCCUAUGAAAGUGUUAUGAAUGCUUGAUUUGAUCACAAAUUAAGUAAUAAACUGUACAUUUCAAUUUAUCUUAUUCUUGAUCAAAGGGCAGAUCACUCUAUCUGCAUAAAAAUACCACAAAAUCAGAACUCUCUAGUGUGCAGUGUAUAGAGGGCUCUUAAUUAAGAUACAGAUGUAACUCUCUCUGUCUAUGCUUCCAGUCCCUGAAGUUUGUGAUGAUUGUUGUGAUUUUUUUUCUCCAUUACAUGGACAUUUCAUUAUAUAAAGAGAUAAUUAUACCUCAUCAUCUGCUCUAUCAGAAUAUUCUUAUCAAGCAAAAAAAUUUUGUCAAAGUAUUAAUUUGAUAUAACAGCUACAAAAACUAAAAAUAGAAUUCAGAUUUUCAGGUGCCUGAUAAUAAUUAAAAUGUUUCUCUUUCCAUUACUGUUGUACAAUUAUUGCUACAUAAUUUUUAUUUUAACACAAAUGUUUCUCAGCAUUUUCCCUUAUUCAAAUGUAAUACAUAACAUAAUGUAUUUAUCUAUGAAUAUGUACAUAUAGGUAUAUAUAUAAAUGUUUCAGAUACACAUAUUUGCAUUUUAUUUUUCUGGUUUGUGUUUUAUGCAUGUAUUGUGUUCUUCAUAAUCUCUACAACAUUAUAAAAGGUGAAAUUUUGAAAUGUGUGCAACAGGGUCAUUUAUAAUGUCUCUCCAACUCUCCAAAGAGUGUACAAUGAAAAUAAAAAUAUGCAGCUCUAAGUAUUUUAAAUCCCCAAGCUUGGUAAGUCAUUUAAAACUGCAACCAAAAAUUGAACUCUUAAAAGAUUAAAAGAAAUUGUGUAUAUAUAUUUUUUUUAUGGUUUCUUCAAAUUACCAGUAAUCUGUGAAACUUUGUGAAGAAUUUUAGUUUGAUCUGAAGUCUUUUUAUGUGUUCAAUAUUUAACAUGUGAUAUGUGAUUCUUGUUUAUUUAUAUCCCUUUACAUUUUGAUAUUGUUUAUUUAAUAUUAUAAAUGUAAAUUUUCAUUGGAUAGUUGUGUAUCAUGUUGCAAAUAACAGAUAUGUAUCAUUUUUAUAUCUUUAACAGUUAAAUGUCGAGAAUAGAGACUACAUGUAUUUAGAGAAUGUAAACUAGUAUAUUACGGUCUUAGAUAUAGAAAUGAAAUUCAAGAUUGCAUUGUUUUUUUCCUCUGAAAAUCCACUUAUUAUGUUAUAAUGGUUGAAAAUAAAAAUAUGAACACAUGA